AGUUGUUCUCUUUGGCUUGUGCUGUUAAUGGAAAAAGUAAGAAACGUAGCGAUAAUGUUCGCUCGUGUUUGAGCCCUGAGUAAAAUCUUGCAGUUACACACUCCUUGGCGCAGCUCAUCCGUACGGUCGUGUGUCGCGGACGCCUGUAAAGUUCAUAAUUUAACGUACCGUGUACAUAACAUUCAUUACUGGAUACCAUGUGAACAAUAACAGUUAAUGUCUAAUAUGAAUUUUAAAAAAUAUGCUAAAGCUUUUAAAAGAAAAAAAGUUUUAUUACUUCUAUGGAUUUCCCUAUUAAGCUGCACUUGCUUAAUUCAGUCUGUAUUGGCAACGGAUGCUGGAGCUAAAACUGCGAUCUUUCAUCAAAAGUCACUUUUGGAUAACAACGUCAACUUUCGUUACCAACUAUAUAAUGUGACAAUACCAGAAAACAGCCUUGGAAAAACAUACGCAAAAGGAGUAUUACAUGAGGAUCUGGCAGGAAUUUCAGUAAAUUCCAAUUAUGACAUAAAAUAUAGAAUAAUAAAUGGCGAUAAAGACAAGCUAUUUAAAGCCGAAGAAAAAUUGAUUGGAAAUUUCGCCUUUGUAUGUAUUCGAACUCGAACUAGCAACAUUGUUCUAAACAGAGAGAAAACUGACGAGUAUUCUCUGAAAAUACGAGCUCAAAUAACUUACUCUCGUGGCAAAAAUGACAGCAUAAGUUAUGAAACGGAAACGACUGUUCAUGUGCAAGUAUUAGAUCGAAAUGACUUAAGUCCACUAUUCUAUCCAACUGAAUAUGCGGUAACUGUUCCUGAGGACACUCAAAAACAUCACAGUAUUCUGAAAGUAACUGCCGACGAUGCUGAUUUAGGAGUAAAUGGUGAAAUUUAUUAUAGUUUUUUAAUAGAUAGCGAAUAUUUCGCCAUUCACCCAACUACAGGAGAUAUAUCAAUAUUGAAGCCGUUGAGUUACGCAGAUAAUUCGCAUCACGAACUUACUGUUUUAGCAAAUGACAGGGGCUCAGCGAUUCAUCAACAAAGCCACCAGUCCAGCAAAGCGAGAGUUUCAAUAACAGUCAAACAGGUUAACUUGAAUGCACCCGAAAUUUAUGCCAAGACUUUUUCGAGCGUAAUACUUAAUUCAGACUCUUUUAUUUAUGGAAUUGUUAAAGUAAACGACAAAGAUAUUGGUAAAAAUGGCGAAAUAAAAAAAUUGGAAAUUGUCGAUGGAAAUACAGAUGGUAUAUUUCAGUUGAUUCCCACAAAAGCGACAGACGAGUAUUACAUUGAACUACACAAAUUCGCUAAGUCAUUUAAACAUCAUUAUGUUUAUAAUCUUACUCUUCGAGGUGAAGACUUUGGCACACCCUCCAGAUAUACCUUCAAAACCGUAACAAUUCAAAUACUUCCUGAAAUAAAAAAUGUACCUAUUUUUACACAAGAAAUUUAUGAUGUUUCGAUUCCGGAAACGUCUCCAAUCAAUAUGCCAGUUAUUAGAUUAAAAGUGAGUGAUCCUGAUUUAGGAAAAUAUGCAUUGGUAUAUUUGGAAAUUGUUGGUGGAAAUGAAGGUGGUGAGUUUCGGAUAAAUCCUGAUUCUGGAAUGUUGUAUACGCAAAAGAAGCUUGAUGCUGAAAUGAAAUCUAUUUACACAUUGACAGUAUCUGCCAUCGAUCAAGCUGACGUUGGGUCACGGAAACAAUCCUCGGCCAAAGUUAAAAUUACUGUCGAAGAUAUGAACGAUAAUGACCCAAUAUUUGAGUACACGAAUAAAAACAUAAGCGUGAAUGAAAAUGAAUUAGCUGGUUUAUUCGUAACAAAACUAACAGCUAAAGACAAAGAUUCUGGCGAAAAUGCCUACAUAUCUUAUAGUAUAGCCAACCUAAAUGAAGUUCCAUUCGAGAUUGACCAUUUCUCUGGAGUAGUUAAAACAACUACAUUGAUUGAUUAUGAAACAAUGCGGAGAGCUUAUACACUUCUUAUACGUGCUUCAGACUGGGGACUGCCAUAUAGGAGACAAACGGAAAUUUCAUUAGAAAUUACUGUGAAAAAUGUAAAUGAUAACAGACCACAAUUUGAGCGCAUUAAUUGUUAUGGGAAUGUUAUCAAAUUGGCACCAAUUGGAUCUGAUGUUUUUACUAUAUCCGCAGUUGAUCUUGAUGUAGAUGAUGUUAUUUCAUAUCGUUUAAUAUCUGGAAAUGAAGAUGGUUGCUUUAACUUAGAUUCGAGCACGGGAGCUCUUUCUAUUGGAUGCAAUCUGAUGGACGUGGCCAUUAAUGAUCGUGUUAUUAGAGUAACUGCUACAGAUGGAACUCACUUUUCCGAUGAAUUAAGUCUCGAUGUUCACCUUGUUCUAGAUUAUUCAAAGGAACACUCCAACAUUGGAUAUGGAUCAUUCGAAUGUCGUGAAACUGGAGUGGCUAGACGACUUGCGGAAACAUUAGCAUUAGCUGAAAAAAACAACAUUAAAAACGUAUCAUUAUCGGAGAUAAAUGACUUGGGAUUGACUCCUAGUAGAUAUGGCCAAAAUAUACAUAGACCCGAAUUUACACAUUUCCCUCAAGAGCUUACUUUAAAUGAAAGUAUUCAAUUGGGAACAACAGUAGCUUUCAUCGAAGCUCGAGAUCGAGAUCUAGGAUACAAUGGAAAGUUGGUUUUUGCAAUUGCAGAUGGCGAUUAUGAUUCUGUCUUUCGCAUUGAUCCUGACAGUGGCGAAUUGCAGAUUAUUGGCUACUUGGAUAGAGAGCGGUUAAGCGAAUAUAUUUUAAAUAUAACAGUCUAUGAUCUAGGUCAACCGACGAAAUCGGACUCUAAAAUGCUGCCUAUAACUAUCACUGAUUCAAACGAUAAUCCCCCUGUUCUACAAAAGUCUCUGGCUACCCUCCGACUCACUGAAAACGGUUUAAACGGAAGUAUUAUAUUUUGCGUACAUGCAACAGAUGCGGAUUUGGGAAUUAAUGCGGAAAUUACAUAUAGCUUAUCUAUUGACUUUGAUGAAUUUAUUAUCAAUAAAACUUCUGGAUGUAUUAUGCUUAAUAAGCCAUUAGAUCGAGAGCAGCAAGAUAGAUAUGAACUACACAUAAUUGUGCAGGAUGGUGGAGUUCCCGUUUUAACAGCGGAGGCUGUUCUUUAUAUUUUUGUCGAUGAUGUUAACGACAAUGCACCAAUAUUUGGAGUGCAAGAGUAUAUAUUCAAAGUUCGUGAAGACGUACCUCGAGGUACUGUGGUAGCUGUUAUCGAGGCAAUCGACAAAGAUAUUGGACUAAAUUCUGAAAUACUCUUUUCACUUCAAGAAGAUAGUCAGGAAAAGAAUUUGUUUAAAAUUGAUAAGCAAUCUGGAGCUAUACGCACAGUCGGAUAUUUAAAUUAUGAAAAUCUCCAAGUUCAUAACCUUUUGAUAAGCGCCAUCGACUGUGGAAUCCCAUCAUUAACUGCUGACGUGUCUAUAGUAAUUGAAGUAAUUGAUGUAAAUGAAAAUCGGUUUGCCCCCGAGUUUGACGAUUUUGUGUUUGAGGGAAAAAUAAGAGAGAACAUGCCAAAGGACACUUUCGUUAUGAACGUUACCGCACGGGAUAUGGAUGGAGUAGAUUUAAAUGCUAAAAUAUCCUAUUCUAUCACUGGUGGCGAUGGUCUUGGAAUUUUUUCUGUUAAUGAUCGAGGUUCAAUUCAUACUUUAACUCAACUUGACGCUGAAUCGAAGGACUUUUACUGGGUAACAUUAUGCGCUCAGGACAAUGCUAUAGUUCCACUUAGUAAUUGUGUUAAGGUUUACAUUGAAGUCGAAAAUGAAAAUGACAAUAUUCCAUUAACAAACAAACCAGUAUAUUAUGUUAACGUAACAGAGGGCAGUUCUGGGAAAAAUGAUAUUAUCCAACUUAAAGCAAUCGAUCCCGACAAGAACUCAACGCAAAAAAUUACUUAUAAUAUUAUUUCUGGAAAUCUAGUGGGAUAUUUCGAUAUAGACCCUCACACAGGAGUUCUUAGAACAACUGAGCGGAGGCUCGACAGGGAAAAUCAAGCAGAACAUAUUCUAGAGGUUUCUAUAUCGGACAACGGAAAUCCUAUAUUGACGUCGACUACUCGUGUUGUAGUCUCAGUAUUAGACAUAAACGAUAAUAGCCCAAUAUUCGAUCAACGUGUGUAUAAAGUACAAGUACCUUCAACGAUUCAUGUUAACGAGUCCAUAUUUCAGGUUCAUGCAAUUGACAACGAUGAUGGAGAAAACUCUCGAAUAACAUAUUCAAUUAAAUCUGGAAAGAAAAAAAACAAAUUUCGUAUUGAUAACAUAAGCGGACAUGUUUUUAUGACCAAGCCAUUAGAAGCUGACUCUGAAUAUGAAAUUAUUGUAAAAGCCGAAGACAACGGAAUUCCCAAAAAGAGCCAAACUACACUAGUUAAUAUAGUUUUUAUACCUAUUGCUGCCAAUUCUCCGAAUGCUCCCUCUAUACUGACAAAAUCAAUAAAUAACAUUGUAGAUUUGACAGAGAAUGACAAACCGGGAUUUUUGGUGACUCAAAUUCUGGCAGUUGAUGAGGACAACGAUCAAUUGUGGUUCAAUAUUAGUGGAGGAAACGACGGAAACCAUUUUUAUAUUGGAAGAGAUACCGGAAAUGUUCUGCUGUCCAAGUAUUUGGAUUAUGAGACACAAACGUUUUAUAAUCUAUCAAUUAGCGUGACUGAUGGCUCAAAUACAGUGCAUACUACGUUAUUCAUUAAAGUUGUUGAUACGAAUGAUAAUGUACCACAAUUUACAAAGGAAAUAUACCACGUAAAUAUAUCAGAAAAUAUCGAAGAAGAAUCUGUUAUCAUGCAACUCCAUGCAACUGAUAAAGAUGAAGAUAAAAAGCUCUUUUAUCAUCUUCAUGCCACACAAGACCCAUCGUCAUUAACAUUGUUUCGCAUUGAUUCAAUAAGCGGAAACGUUAUAGUCACACAGAAACUGGAUUUUGAAAAAACUUCGCAACAUAUAUUAAUUACAUUCGUGAAAGACCAAGGAACUCCGGGAAAGCGGAAUUACGCAAAGAUAAUAGUAAAUGUACAUGAUCACAAUGAUCAUUAUCCCGAAUUCACUACAAAAUUAAUUCAAAGUAAAGUUCCCGAAAGUGCAACAAUAGGCUCCAAACUUGUUCAGAUUACAGCCAUAGAUCGAGAUAGCGGUCACAAUGCUGAAAUACGUUACUCUAUUAUUACCGGUAACGUAGGAAGUAUGUUUGAAAUCGAUCCAGUAUUUGGUAUUAUAUCUUUGGCUGACACUUUGGAUAUUAAUAAAAUGCAGGAGUACAUGUUGCAGAUUAAAGCUGUAGAUCUUGGUCAGCCCCCGCUAUCAUCUCAAGUGCCUGUACAUAUCAUUAUAACUAUGUCAGAUAAUGAUCCCCCUAAAUUCUUCACUAGUUUAAUUUCACUGGAAAUUUUUGAAAAUUUGAGUGUCGGAUCAUUUGUAACACAAGUUGAAGCAAGAUCAUCUUCAUCUAUUUUCUUUGAUAUCAUCGAUGGUAACGACAACGAUAGUUUUCGGAUAAAUCCUUCUACGGGAGUAAUUGUCAUCAACAACAAUGUCGACUACGAAAUGAACAAAUUAUUUAAUUUAACUAUAAAGGGAACUAACAUGGCCUCUGAGUCCUCGUGCCAAAACAUAAUAGUGCAUAUUUUAGAUGCGAAUGAUAAUAUUCCAAAAUUUCUGGAAGUUGAAUAUAUUGGAACUAUUUCUGAGUCUGCCAGCUUAGGCUCUUAUGUUCAAAAGAUUGAUGAUAACAAAAAACGUCAUCUGGCUUUAAAUGUGUACGACCCAGACGUAGGAUUCAAUGGAAUGUUGCAAUAUAGAAUUAUUGAUGACUUAACGAGUAACAUUUUUAAAAUAGAUUCUAAUACUGGAGCUAUUAAAAUUAUACGCAGUUUAGAUUAUGAAAGGAAUACAAACUAUUCAUUUUUUGUAACGGUCAGUGACAUGGGUAAACCAAGCCUACACUCAAAAACAAAAGCUCACGUAAAAAUACUCGUGAGUAACGUAAAUGACUGUCCACCAAUGUUUAAGGAUAGAGAUCACAAUGUUACUUUGUUAUUGCCAACUUUUAAAAAUGUAUUUGUUACUCAAAUUGCUGCGGUUGACGCCGAUAACGACGUUAUUCGCUAUGACAUUGUUGAUGGAAAUAACCAAGAUUGCUUUCAUAUACAUCCACUUACAGGAGUGUUAACGACAAGAAAUUUGGAAUUUAAUUAUAAUGAUUAUGUCUUACACGUUCGCGCAUCUGAUGGGUUAUACUCCACUAUUAUUCUCGUAAACAUUAAAUUAUUGCCUAUAGCUAAUUCAAAUUUCAAAUUUCAAAAAAAAAUUUAUGAGUUUUCGGCUGUUGAAAAUACCACCAAAGUGGUCACUAUUGGAUUGACUAAUGUCAUUGGAAAUACGUUGAAUGAAAAUGUUCAUUGUAUGUGGUCAGCGAAUUAGAUUACGAGCAAAAUCACACACACGAGAUUUUGGUACGCGCAACGGAUAGCAUUUCGGGAAUUUACGCAGAUGUUUUGUUGUCUAUAAUUGUGAUUGAUGUAAACGAUUGUUAUCCAGAAAUCGAAAGAGAUAACUACAACAUUACCUUGC